AUGGGGAUGGGAAUAGACCCUCUUGGCUUGAUCGGAUGCUCCAGAGUCGUACUCCGCGACUGCCCCAAUAGGGGAAGUGGAGGGUUGGAGGAAGACUCAGGGAGGCCAGAUCGCCGAGGGCCGGUGCUUAGUUGGUGGGACUUCAUCCCAGGUCGAAUCCAGGUCGCCUCCCUUGGCCCGACUCCGCGGAGCACCAGGGACAUCUGGAGGGGCCGCUGCAGCAGCUGCCAAAGCCCAUUUUGCUUUGGGAGUCUUCCCUCCUGCCUCCUCCCAGGGCGACUGUUCGGACCUCUGGUUACCAGGGAAGCUAUCUUGAGGAAAAGGAAAGUGCAUUUGUUUGAAGUCGCCACGACGCCCCGGCCAAAUUUUGGUCUCCUCCCCGUCUUGAAACUUCACUACAUCCAUUCCAGCUGGGAGACAGUACUUCUGAAGGCGUGGAAGGAACAAGGGCCAGAACAACAACUUGAAGAAAAAUGGAGAGGGCCCAAUGAUGUGUUGUCAACGACCCAUACAUCCCUUAAAUUGGCAGUUGCAGCCUGGCUGGAUAGCUCCUUAGUGCGCAUUGCACAGACCAUUGCUAAUGCAACACAAGCAGUGGACUGCUGGAUUUGCCUUCCCCGAGCUCAGUCCACUCUGGAUCAUGGGGACCCCCUGGUACAUCCCGUAUCAGACUUUACUCAGGUUCCCGACGGAGACUGGGUCCUUACACGAGAUCUUAGAGCACACACCCUCAUGUACUGGGUGCGCAUUAGUCACCUCCCCGUUAAGAACUCUUCUAACAUCGCCUGUCUUACACUUCCUCUCUCCCCAAGUACUGCCAUAUAUUGGACACAGGGCGCCCAGCGGAUACCUGGAUACUUUGUAAUGACUCCAUCUCCGCCUUUGGAGCAGCUCCCCAUGUGUUCCCGACGGCCCACCAGAUAGAUACCCUGCGGAAGGAAUUAAGGCUAUAAUUGACUUUUUUCAUUUCUAGAGCGACCCUGGAUGGAACUGGAUUCAAAGUUGGUUACUAUUUCUAUACUAAUAGCUCUGCAGGUUACUGUACUCACAAUGAAGGUGAAAGUAAGGUCUUUUGUGCCCCUCCCGGACAUGUUUUUGUUUGCAAAAUCAAUGAUUACCCUUGGGCUACGGAGUGCCUCCGCAAUUUCACUUUUCCCACUCAGUGCCUCCUUGCGAAUCUGGUGACUCCAUUUACGCUCCACAACCUAAGUGAAUCAAAACAUUGGCCAAGUUCCUUAAAAUUAUAUACCCGAGUUACCCAAGACUUGCCAGGAAACAUUCCUGAUGGAGAUGAAUAUUUCUUUGGGUAUACUCUAUUGCCCUGGUGGGGAGUCGCAGCCCAUCAACAUGUGCUCCGCAAUCUGUCUCGAACCCUAACAAUCAUAGCAAAUGAAACUGCCAAGUCCCUCCUCAAUGUCCAAACCUCUCUUGACUCUUUUGCAACAGCUGUAUUAGAUAAUCACAUGGCUUUGGACUAUAUUCUAGCUGAACAAGGUGGAGUUAGCUAACACCUCUUGUUGCACAUAUAUAAAGACUUCACCACAAAUAGAGACUAGUAUUGAAAAGAUCAGACAACAGGCUACCUGGUUACAACAAACAUUAGAUCAUCAUGCUUCCAUCCUAGAUGGAAUAAAAACAGACAUGGGUGACUGGUCUUCAAGCUUAUUUUCCUGGAUACCAAAAAAAAUCCAGUCUGCAUUAUCUGGCAUUUUACAUUUUGGUUUAUCUAUACUUCUAUCGAUGGCGGGGAUAGACAUUAUGUUUAAGUUGCUUUUCUGUUGUAUUUCCGGUAUUCGCAGGACUGCAACCGGAACACUAACCACCCACAGAAAAAACUAGCAAAAGCAUGUUCAAGCUUUCCAUCUCAAGGACCCCCUAGCGUCGCCCCAAUACAGCAGGAAGCAGCUAGACGACCACGACGCCCCUUUUCCAUAGAAAUGGAAAGCAAGAAAUGACAGUGAGGCAUAUGUUACAGGCUCUUAACGUCAGCCCUGAUAUCAGUUCCCCCACAUCGAACCCAGCGUAUAUGGGGUUAAAACUAAAACCCACCACCCCCUUUCCUGCUCCUCUAGCUCCACUCAUAUGUAAAUA